AUGAAUGCAAACGCAUCUGAUGACAUGAAUGCAAACGCAUCUGAUGACAUGAAUGCAAACGCAUCUGAUGACAUGAAUGCAAACGCAUCUGAUGACAUGAAUGCAAACGCAUCUGAUGACAUGAAUGCAAACGCAUCUGAUGACAUGAAUGCAAACGCAUCUGAUGACAUGAAUGCAAACGCAUCUGAUGACAUGAAUGCAAACGCAUCUGAUGACAUGAAUGCAAACGCAUCUGAUGACAUGAAUGCAAACGCAUCUGAUGACAUGAAUGCAAACGCAUCUGAUGACAUGAAUGCAAACGCAUCUGAUGACAUGAAUGCAAACGCAUCUGAUGACAUGAAUGCAAACGCAUCUGAUGACAUGAAUGCAAACGCAUCUGAUGACAUGAAUGCAAACGCAUCUGAUGACAUGAAUGCAAACGCAUCUGAUGACAUGAAUGCAAACGCAUCUGAUGACAUGAAUGCAAACGCAUCUGAUGACAUGAAUGCAAACGCAUCUGAUGACAUGAAUGCAAACGCAUCUGAUGACAUGAAUGCAAACGCAUCUGAUGACAUGAAUGCAAACGCAUCUGAUGACAUGAAUGCAAACGCAUCUGAUGACAUGAAUGCAAACGCAUCUGAUGACAUGAAUGCAAACGCAUCUGAUGACAUGAAUGCAAACGCAUCUGAUGACAUGAAUGCAAACGCAUCUGAUGACAUGAAUGCAAACGCAUCUGAUGACAUGAAUGCAAACGCAUCUGAUGACAUGAAUGCAAACGCAUCUGAUGACAUGAAUGCAAACGCAUCUGAUGACAUGAAUGCAAACGCAUCUGAUGACAUGAAUGCAAACGCAUCUGAUGACAUGAAUGCAAACGCAUCUGAUGACAUGAAUGCAAACGCAUCUGAUGACAUGAAUGCAAACGCAUCUGAUGACAUGAAUGCAAACGCAUCUGAUGACAUGAAUGCAAACGCAUCUGAUGACAUGAAUGCAAACGCAUCUGAUGACAUGAAUGCAAACGCAUCUGAUGACAUGAAUGCAAACGCAUCUGAUGACAUGAAUGCAAACGCAUCUGAUGACAUGAAUGCAAACGCAUCUGAUGACAUGAAUGCAAACGCAUCUGAUGACAUGAAUGCAAACGCAUCUGAUGACAUGAAUGCAAACGCAUCUGAUGACCACCAUUCCGUUUAUGGGAAGAUUUAG